AUUUUCACAAAAAUAUUAGCCUGUGAAGGAGAAAGAAAAUGCACUGAACGAGGUGCGUAUAUUGGCAUCAGUCAAACAUCCCAAUAUUAUCUCUUAUAAAGAGUGCUUCUUAGAAGAGAAUUCUCCAUUCUCUGUAUUGUCAUGGAGUACUGUGAUGGGGGAGAUUUAUACCAGAGAAUCGUAGAACAGAAAAAAAAGUUGUUCUCUGAAGCAGAAAUUUGGGAAACUUUGAUUUAAAUAGUCAAGGGACUUGAUGCCCUCCAUAAGAAUAAGAUCCUCCGUCGUGAUCUGAAAUGGGCUAAUAUCUUCAUGAAUAAGGAUGGAACUGUUAAACUUGGUGAUUUAAAUGUGUCAAAAGUUGCUAAGAUGGAUCUAGUGCACAUUCAAACAGGAACUCCUUACUACGCAUCACCUGAAGUAUGGAUGAACAAGCCAUAUGAUAACAGAAGUGAUAUCUGGUUCCUUGACUGUUUGAUCUAUGAAAUGAUCACUUAAGGCUUCCCUUCACAACUUCAUCAAUGCAGGAGUUAGCUAGUAAAGUAAAAUAAGGGGAGUUAUCCAAAGAUUCUAAGCGCACUAUCCAGAUACCUCGAAAAGAGAAAUGCCCAAAGCAAGGACUUGAAACACAAAACAAUGAAUAAUUAAAAUUUCUGAGAGAAGAUUACCAAAAUAAGCUUAUGAUUCGAACCAAAGCAAGCCAUACCUCCUCCUCUUACACCUAACCUACCUCCUUCACAACAACCCCCAAACUCUACACCCAACCUAAUAACCAUCUCUACAUCCCCAUACAUACCCUCUGCCCCCUAUACCCCCUAAAAAUCACCCCAAAACCCCAAAAUCCACCUAUUCCCCGUAAACUCCCCUUCUGACUCCCCCAUCCCCCAAAACCCUACAGUAGAACCCAGUCAC